AUGUUUCAUUUUUCCCCCAGGAACUUGCGGAAUCACGCUCGUUUUUUUUCACUGGGCCACGGCGAAAGCACUUUUCGUAGCGGUGAGAUUAGUCCACAUCGAUGUAUUAUCGACGACAAUGCACCAUUCUUCAGUAAAGGACGCGGUCGUAGUCACAUGUUAAGUGAUUGUUUAGUAUUACUUCUAUCAUCACCUUUCUUUCGUUUAAAUCAAGAAGAAUGGAACGAAGCAACAAAAAGAUAUCCAGAAUUAUUACAAGAUAGUGAUAUUACAUAUGAAAAACAUUCAGCAUCAGCAGCAAUUAUGGUGAUCCGUAUAUGGAUAAUUCAUUAG